AUGGCAAGUGGUGAGAGAAACCUUCAGUCUUUUGGGUAUUCACCCAACAACGUUGAUAAUAGUGCUACCCAUAAAUUUCACAAUAUACUAGAACAAUCUGACUUUUCCAAAUAUUAUAGUUUUCAGUAUAUAUUGUCAGAGAAGAAUUUACUUGAUAGUGUUAACACUAGUAUAAUACCGCAGAAUUUGCCUAAUGAAUUUGAAAUUAUUGCCCACUUAAAAUUAAUAAAAGUGUUGGGUAUUUUAAAAGUCAAAGUGUUAGCUGGAGUAGCUAGCUAUGCAUCAGCUUCUAGAUGGAAACAAUAUGUCACCAACGCUGUAAGAAGAUUCAUGGUAUUUUUAGUCUCUCUCAAAAAAUUUAUGGAUAUUGAUCUAGGUUAUUCUUUGAAAUCAUCAUACAACCAGACUCAUGAGCAAAGUCAUUUUCAAUUCGCGUCAAUGAUGACACAAUUAAUGCCACCUUUGGACGUGAUUAUGGUUUGGUAUUCCUUUUUGUCACAUCCAAAAUCAUUUUACACUGUUUUAACUGGUUGUGAUAUGGAAGAAUUUGCAAAUCUACCCUUACCAUUGCAUUUAAUUAAUCAAUUCAUUGAUAAUACCACAUUUGAAUUUAAUGUGCCGCAUGAAUACAAACACAACUAUCUUCAAAUAAUAGCAUGCACAACCAUAGAUACGUUGGAUUCACAAUAUGAUGUUGAUAGAUUUGGGUUUGAAGCAAAAUGUGUCACAAUCACUUGUCCUAAUUGUAAACACGUUAUAUCAGAACCAAUAAAAUUGCAAAACGAAAUGGAAACUGGAUUCUUUGAUAAAAAGUUUGCAACAAAAAAUAUUUACUUCGGUGAACAAUCACUUUGUUACUGUUCCAAAAUCGAGGUUCUUACUCAUGACGAAUUGAGAAAACUACAACUAUUUGCAGAUGCAUCAAAAGAAAAAUCACCGCUAACAUAUCUUCACAAUAGUCCGCCAAAGCUACCUGAAGAUCUUGAAAAAACAAGUGAGUCUUUCCAAAAACUUUUUAUACAGAUAUGGAGAAGUAUUCAAGCCAAAAACCUUAAUGAUAUUAUCCUCAUUUUGGAACAAAAAUGUAUUACAGAGUUAUUGCCACAAGCAUUCUUAUUGAACACUUACCGGGACCUCGAUUUGAUCAGUAUGACUGUCCCUGGAGAUAUUCAAAUUGGUAAAAAUUUAGUUGAGUUGGUUUUAAAGCAAGAGAGUUUUGGUAUCAAAAUAAACAACUUAAAUUGGCUAUAUUCAAGUAACAUUAGUAAUAUUGUUUCUGAAGCUACUUCAAGAUACAGUAAUUUUUUUGCAAUUGUUACAGAUCCAAAGUUGUCCCAAAACUUAAAGUCAACAUUAGAUAUUGAUUUGGUGUGGCAUACCCAUCAACUAUGUGCUUUUGGCUACUUUCAUGAUUGCUUAAAUUCUCCAAGUCAUUGUAUUAUUGAUCAAAGAGAUAAAAUAAGUAAUCGACUAAUGGAUGGUAGUGAAACUUUUACUGAAAAUUUGUAUAGAGCACUUUACGGUCAAGAAUAUUUUAUUUGCUAUUGCCAUAAUUGUUCAUCUGUCCGAUAUGGGGUAUCAAAUCAUGUUUUUGAUUCCACAAUCAAUGCAAACUUGUGCUUAGAAAACAAAAUUCUCGGGAUUGAUUUGAAUAUGGUAUAUACUUCGCCCCAAAGUAAUAGCAUUGUGGGAAUUACACCUCAGUCACAACAGUAUCCAUGCAUUUGUCAUAAUACCAAUGAUUUCUUAACUAACUCUGUCACAGAAGAGACCUUAGAUGGAGAAUUCAUGGAAAAUGACCAGAAGAUAGUGAGCAGUAACGACUUUCCGAAUGAAAAUAUCGAUUCUUUGAUUUACUCGAACAUACCAGAAAUGAAUAAUGCAUUUCUAUACGGACCGAGUGAGUGUUCAAACAACGAGUUUCUAAGACUGUGGUGCAUGAUUUGA